UACUGACUUAGUUGGCUUAAAUGUUGCCCCUUUAAAGUUGCAGGCUAUUCAUUUAGAGCCACAAACUUCAAUUGACUCACUCUUUAUAAAUACACAAAUGGAAAUUUUACUACCUGCUGCACUUACUUUACCUACGGCGGUACCAUCGAGGAUACAUUUCGCAUCUACAACAUCAAGUUCUAUAUCAUCUCAAGUACGUGUGCCUUUACCACAGUCUUCACAGAUUCCUCCUGCACCUGGCAUUACAUUUGCUCCAUCACAGGCUACUUCUCCACCUGGCAAUGCAUUCACUCAAUCACCUGAUAGUGCAUUUGCUCCACCACAUACAUAUGUAUCAUCUACUCCAUCUUCAACUACAACACGUGAUUCUCUGUUGUCAUCUGUAUCAUCUAUUAAUAUCACUUCUAAGGUGUCGUCCUUUAGACAGUGGAUUUCAAUUCAUAAUUGUUUGUAAGUAUGAUAUAUUUUCUCAUUUUUUUAAAGAAAACUUAAUGUAAUACUAACAAUUAUAUUGUGCAUUGGACUUUGUUAAGAAUGUUAUAUUGUGCAUUUAACAAGUUGCAUCCAUCAGAAACUUGUUUGCAAAGAAUAACAUCGACUUUCAAGAAACGUCUUAUUAUAGAAGGUUAUUGUUAGAAAAUAGUUCCUAAUGAGAUUAAAGAAUUUUACUCACAGAAGUUCAAGAUGUAAUAAAUAUUUCCAUGUCUAUUGAAUUUUUAAAAUAAAUGUGAGUUUGUUGUAAUAUGCUAUAUUUUUCAUGUUAUGCAGAAAUGAAAGAUUGUUUAAGAUAGCAUGGAAAAAGAAGGCUGUUGAGCGUUAUAGAUGGCUCAUGUGUGAAGUUAGAAAGGAAAAGAUGAAGAAUGUUUCAAUGGCGAAAAAUGUUCUUCAGAAAUGGAAAAAGGGUUGGAGCACUAAUGAAUACAGAGCAAAAUGUAAAAAGACACUAUAAAACCAAAAGAGUGAGCCUAGUGGAUCGGGUAGUGGAGUAUCUAGACAUUGUUGUGAAUUUGUUUUACAGUUUACUCAUGCAAAGGAUGCGCGAGAGGCUUGGACGGAAACUAAUGCCACAUGAGCUGUUUGAGGCGACACAUAAGAAGAAGGGCACAGAUGAAUUCAUAGAUGCACGAUCCAAAGCUAUUCAUGAGCGCUUCUUGCAGCUAAAGGAAAAUGCAUCACAGCAAGCAAAGGGGUUAAAUGAGCCAACUCACGUGGAUGAGACUCAUUUGUAUUAUGAAGGUAGUUGGUGGGUAUAAGAAGAAGCGAGUAUAUGGAUUAGGCUCACAAACAUAUGCAUAUUUCUGUUUAAGAUUAUUCAUGUCUGGAUCUUACUCCUCAGCACUACAGAUAGAGCAAACUCAAAAUGAUUAUGAAAACUUGAGGCAUUAUAUCGAGCGCAUUAAGACUAAAAAGGAUACCUUGCAAACAGAAGUGAAGCAGCUGAAGGACCUCGUUGUAAACCUUCUUUCUCAACAGGGUGCAUCGCAUCAAAAUUAGUCAGGUCUUCGUACAACAGAUACUUCACAGCCUCUGCACGGUGUUGUAGCUCCUCCAUCGAGUUCUUCCCAGCAUGCCUCAGAUGAAGGUGGAUCAGAUGAGGAUAUCAAGGAUCUCUGUUGAUUACUUACAGGUUAUUUUGUUCUAUACAUUUUGGGUUACUACUUAGUUUGACUUUUAU